CGCGGCGCGGUUGCUAGGGGGAAGCGGCAAGCGGCGGAGUGGCAUGGCGGGCAUGGUGCUGGGUGUGGGGCCGGGUGUACUGGUGCUGCAGCUGCUCUGGGGCCUGGCGCUGUUGCUCUGCCUGGCGCUCUCCCGUGCAGCCGGCCGGGCUCGGUUCGCCGUGGUGCUGGUGACGCUGGGAACCGCCAUCCUCAGCGCCGCGCUGCUGCUCUUUCCCCGGGAGGAGGAGCGCCCGGCCGCAGCAGCCGCCGAUGAGAUCGUGGACACCUUCUUUAUCGGCCGUUUCGUCCUCCUGGCUGCAAUGAGUCUGGUUGCACUUGGGUGCCUGUUCCUACUCCUGAUUUACCACCUCAUGGAGCCAACAUAUGCCAAACCACUCCACAGCAGCUAGCAGUGGCCAGAGGCAGCAAUCCCAUGGAGAGCAAAUCCAGUUUUCAUGGCACUAAACCAGGAAGGGAGACCAGGAGACUGUUCUGGACGUGAAUAUGCCAAGUUUUUCCAGACUCGGAAAGAGCCAGCGGAGCAAGUGAAGCACAUCGCUUGCACCCAGCACUGCAUCUUCCAUCUUCAAAAGUGAAGUUUGGGCUGAGCAUGAGCACCUUCCUCUCCAGGGACUCUGCAGACUGCAAAGGUGCUUUAAACUCUCUCUUCUCUUUUCCAGGAGAGUUGAAACCCAUGCACUUUAUGCUACACUUGAUUUAAUUAAUUGAACUGAGCCGGGAUGGUUUGUUAUCGUUAUCCACAAGAGAUGGUUUGUUAUUGUUCCUUUUCCACCUUAGUUUAAUAAAACUCUCUCAGAAA